AUGGCGCCGAGAGAGGAUUCACCAUACACAACCCUCGGAAUCUCCUCCACUUCAGAUGAUGUUGAAAUCAAGAAGGCCUACCGAAAAUUGGCUCUGAAAUGGCAUCCCGACAAGCACACAGACGACAAAUCGAAAGAAGAAGCCGAGCAGAAAUUCAAAAAAAUCGCCCAAGCCUACGAAAUUUUGACCGAUAAAAAGAAACGCGCCGACCUCGAUCGAUCAGAGAACCCAGGACUUCAUCGUCGCCGUAGUACUCCAGGAAUGCACAGAAUGCACAGUCACGACAUGUUCCGCUCACCAUUCGAUAUUUUUCGCGAAUUCUUCGGCAACCGGGAUCCAUUCGAGAAUGUUUUCUUCGACGACGCUUUCACAUUUCCCGACGUCGAUUCGUACGCAUUCAAGAAUCCACCGAGAUCCGCGGAUUUCUCGACUAAACAUCACUACCAUCGGUUCCCGUCAGGCAGAGUUCACAUUUUCUACGACGAGAACAAGAACAAGGAGAGAGACGAUAAGAACUCGUUCUCCACUGUAAUCCGAUUCUCAAGCCCCACAGAACCAGGAAAGAAUGCGACAGUAAGAAAGACUUCGACGUCGACAAAAGUUGUAGAUGGAAAGAAAAUUGUAACGAAAACAGUAGAAAAUGGAGAUGAGCAUAUUGUGGAGGUCCAUGAGGAUGGAGAACUGAAAUGCCGAACUGUAACAACUCCUCCAACAUCGCCAACAACAGUGACUGUUGCGGCUUAA